GAAAUUUCUGAGUAGGUUUUUUUGACCUUUCACGCACUUCUAUAAAUUUCUUGUUCCUUCCUUUCAAAAUCACGAACAAACUGGGGAAGUCAAAGAAGGAGGGGCAUCUCCAGCGCGCGCCGGAAUAUCGCCGUCGGCUAAGCCUCCCAACACCAACAUCCCUAUGCCUAUCGGAGUCCACUUCUCGCGUCCCAGAUGGGCGUCACAAUUGCGCCGGCCGGGAUACCUCAGAGCCAUCCCCGCACCCGCUCUCCAACUCAUCGGCCUGCUCAUCUUCGUUAAUGGGCUGGUCUGGGUCGCCGCCGGAAUAGUCCUGCAUUACAACCCAGAGCUCAUCUCGCCCGCAGUACUCUCCUACACCCUCGGCCUCCGCCAUGCCCUAGAUGCAGACCACAUCUCCGCCAUCGACCUCAUGACGCGGCGCCUGAUCGCCUCGGGCCAGCGACCCGUCGCCGUCGGCACCUUCUUCAGCCUCGGCCACUCGACCGUCGUCGUCGUCACCUGCGUCGCCGUCGCCGCCACCGCCGGCGCCCUGCGCGACCGCUUCUCCGACUUCCAGCGCGUCGGCGGCAUCAUCGGCACCAGCGUCUCCGCCGCCUUCCUGCUGCUGCUCUGCGCCGGCAACGGCUGGGUCCUCUGGCGCCUCGUCCGCCGCCUGAGGGCCGUCCUGGAGCAGCAGCAGCAGAGGGCCGCGUCUGCGGACCGGGGUGUUGGAGGAGGCGGUGGCCUCGAAGAAGGGGAGGAGGAGGAGAGCAACGCGGCGCAACCGCUGCAGCUGGAGGGCCCGGGUUUCCUGGCGAACGUCUUUCGGAAGGUGUUCAAGAUGGUCGACCGGCCGUGGAAGAUGCUGCCGCUGGGCAUCCUCUUCGGGCUCGGCUUCGACACCAGCUCCGAGAUCGCGAUCCUCGGGAUCGCGAGCAUCCAGGCAGCGCAGGGGACGAGCAUCUGGGUGAUACUCAUCUUUCCGGCGUUAUUUACCGCGGGCAUGUGUCUACUGGACACGACCGACGGGGCCCUCAUGAUGGCCCUGUACACGUCUAAAGUGUUCUCCCGGGACGUGGUUGCCAUCCUGUACUAUUCCAUCGUCCUGACCGGCAUCACCGUCUUUGUUGCCGCUUUCAUCGGCAUCAUCCAGGUCCUGUCCCUGGUCGAGAACGUCGCGGAGCCCGAAGGGAGCUUCUGGGAAGGCGUGGGCGCCAUCGGCGACCACUACGACAUCAUCGGUGGCUGUAUAUGCGGCCUCUUCCUUCUGGUCGGCUUGGGAUCCGUGCUCAUCUACCGGCCGUGGAGGCGCCGCAUGGAUAGGAGGGCCCAUCGCUGGGCGGCGCCCGGUGACAGCGAGAGCCCCGAGGCUCUGAGCUCGGAGCCGCAGAGCCCGGACCCGCUGCUUCCUGGAGACCAGCCCCGUGCUCCCGGAUACGGGGUCGCCGUCGGAGCGUCAGGGGACAGCACGAAGAAACUGGAUACCACCAUCACACCGCCGGCCUGAACGUACCGGCACUCCCAUCUCGCUCCUGGGAUGCAUAUGUUCGCUUCAAUGAGUAUUAUCGCGGAGCUGAGGAGAAUAUACUUGCACGGAUUCGCAACCUUGCGGGAGUUUGACGUGGUCAUUGCACCCCGUUCGCUUCUUCAGCUCAGCAUUGGCUUCUUAAACGUCAACUCAUUGAGAUUACCCACAUUCCCGCAGCCGAGGAUAACAGCCCUUUGCUCCUGUAGAUUCGACUUGAAUUAAAGAGAGUAAUUGUAAGUGGU